CCCUCUCACUUAGUGCGUGCUGAGACUCCUCUAGGACAUGGAGAAAUCCUGCAAAAUCAGCAAGUUCUUUAUUCUCUGCAUUGUGCUGGGAGUCCUCUCUGUGGCGACCAUCGUUACAUUGUGGGCUAUUGCACUGACAGAUAGCGUAGAGAUCGUCGCCCCAUGGGACAAGUACCGUCUCCCAGACACCCUGAAGCCUGACCACUACAACCUAACCCUGUGGCCCCGACUCACCGUCAACGCACAAGGCCUCUACAUCUUCACAGGGAAAUCCUAUGUGGUCUUCCAAUGUGUGAAGGAGACGGACCUGAUCCUCAUACACUCCAACAAGCUGAACUACACCAAGUGGGGUGAUGACCAUCUGGCUAAACUGUCUGCUCUCGGUAGCACACCCGCACCAACCAUAAAGAAAUCCUGGCUACAGCCAACAACUCAGUUCCUGGUAUUGGAACUGAAUGGCAAGUUAGCUGUUGGAGAAUCCUACCAGCUGGACACAGUGUUUGUUGGGGAGCUGGCUGAUGACCUAGCAGGUUUCUAUAGGAGUGAAUAUGAAGAAGAUGGAGUUAAAAAGGUUGUAGCUACCUCUCAGAUGCACCCUACUCACACCAGGAAAACUUUCCCUUGUUUUGAUGAGCCUGCGAGGAAAGCAGUCUUCCACAUCACACUCCUCCAUCCCCGUGGGACUGUGGCCCUGUCAAACGGCAAGGAGCGAGAAACAGUUAACGCCACCGUAUACACAGAGGCUGUCACACAGACCAGAUUUGAGCCAACCAAGAUCAUGUCAACCUACCUACUGGCCCUGAUUGUCUGUGACUAUUCAUUUAUCAGCGCUUGGGAGGGAGAUAUUCUGAUUCGGAUCUGGGCUCGUAGAAAAUCCAUCAGUGAAGGACAUGGAGAAUAUGCGCUCAAUCUAACAGGACCAAUCCUGUCCUUUUUUGAGGUGUAUUACAAUACCACCUACCCUCUCUCCAAAUCAGACCAGAUUGCCCUUCCUGACUUCUAUUUUGGGGCCAUGGAGAAUUGGGGACUAGUUACCUACAGGGAAACAAAUCUGCUUUACGAUCCUUUAACAUCCUCCAAUGGAAACAAGGAGAGAACAGCCACCAUCAUUGCACAUGAACUUGCACACAUGUGGUUUGGAAAUCUAGUGACCCUGAGAUGGUGGAAUGAAGUCUGGCUGAAUGAGGGCUUUGCAUCCUACGUGUCAUAUCUUGGGGCGGAUUAUGCUGAAUCCACUUGGAACGUGAAAGAUCUCAUAGUUCUUGAUGAGGUGCACAGGGUGUUUGCAGUGGAUGCCUUGGCUUCCUCUCACCCCCUGUCCUCCAAAGACGAUGACAUCCAGAAGCCUGAGCAAAUCAGUGAACAGUUUGAUGUCAUCUCUUACAGCAAGGGGGCAUCAGUGUUGAGAAUGCUGUCAGAUUUUCUAACUGAACCAGUCUUCGUCCAAGGACUAAGUAGCUACCUGAAUCACUUUGCCUACGACAACACAGUGGGGACAGACCUUUGGGAUCAUCUACAACGAGCAGUAGAUGCCAGUGACAUGGAACUUCCUGGUACAGUGCAUGACAUCAUGAACCGCUGGGUCCUUCAGAUGGGCUUCCCAGUGGUCACCAUAAACACAGCCACUGGACUGAUCACCCAGAAGCACUUCUUACUGGACCCUGAUUCUGUGGGGAGUGUACCACCAUCUGACUUCAAGUACGAGUGGAUAGUACCAAUCAAAUGGAUGGAAGCAGGAGUGGUUCAGAAAGAGAUAUGGCUGCUUGAGAAAGAGGCCCUAAACAAUAAAUUGACAAGUGGUCACUGGGUACUAGCAAACAUCAAUGUGACUGGAUACUACAGGGUUAACUAUGACCUUGGCAACUGGGAACGUCUCCUCUUCCAACUGAGCACUAAUCACCAGGUCAUACCAGUUAUCAACAGAGCACAACUUGUGGAUGAUGCUUUUAAUCUAGCAAGGGCAAAGUUAAUUCCCACAACAUUAGCUCUGAAAACGACAAAAUACCUCUCCAAAGAAAUUGAAUAUAUACCGUGGGAGUCGGCUCUGAACAACUUGGAUUAUUUUUACCUCAUGUUUGAUCGCACUGAGGUCUAUGGGACUAUGCAGCAUUAUGUGAGGAAUCUGGUGACACCCCUUUUUCAACACUUCAAGACCAUUACUGCAGACUGGAGUAAAGUUCCUGAUGGCCAUAAUGAGCAGUACAACCAGGUGAAUGCCAUUAGGAUGGCCUGUAGCAGUGGACUGGUUGAGUGUCAGAAUCUGACUAAAAGCUGGUACCGUCAAUGGAAGGCUGACCCUGACAACAAUCUGAUACAUCCUAAUUUGAGGACGACAGUGUACUGCAGUGCCAUUGCAGCAGGCGGGGCUGCAGAGUGGGAUUUUGGUUGGAACAUGUUCAAGACUGCCACUAUUGCUAGCGAUGCAGACAAACUGAUGUCAUCUCUGGCAUGUACUAAGGACCAUGAACUUCUGAAUAAGUACUUGAGAUACACUUUGGAUUCAGACAAAAUCCGUAAGCAGGAUGCAACGUCUGUCAUCGUGUACAUCUCCAGUAAUGUUCAAGGCCAAACAUUGGCUUGGGACUUUGUGACACAGAACUGGGAGUACAUGUUCACACAGUAUGGUGUUGGAUCCUUCUCAUUUGCCAAUCUUAUAAGUGGUGUGACAAUGAGAUUCUCAACUAAAGCUGAACUUGAGCAGCUCCAGAAAUUCAAGGAGGACAACUCUAAUAUUGGUUUUGGCUCAGGGACCUUGGCUUUGGAGCAGUCCAUUGAGAGAACUAAAGCCAAUAUCAAAUGGGUGGAUGAGAACAAGAAGAAAGUGUGGGACUGGUUCUUGAGUGAGAUUGCCUAAACUCCUCAAUUCUUUGGUUGUCCAACAGGUUUAAAUAUGUUAUUUUACUAUGGCAGACAAAGUGCUUAGAUUAUUUGCUGGGUUUUAAUUGUAUGUUAAACAUCUAAUGCAGUAGUUUUUUAAAAUCUAAAUAACAAAUCAUUUCUGGGUCACAAUUAAGUACAUUGCUGUGAUUGUUUUAAAUUAAAAUGGUAAAAAAUAAAAAUAGCUUCUUAGCAAAGAGCAAUUUCCCAAGCAAGAAUUUUGCUAGGACUGACGGAGUGCUUGGAGUGGUGAUGGGAAUACUGAAAAAUAGCUGUUGGCAGAGAGGUUUGGAACUCUCUUAUUGCUCGAUUAACUAAUUUACCGCCUCCCACCAAAACAGGCUGAAAUUUUAAGCAAUCUUUUCAAACAGCUCUUACACUAAUAGAACAUUAUCUUAAUUUUCACAAUUUCCCAGAAUUAUUCCAACCUCAAAGUGUGGAAAUAUAAAACACAGGAAAAUCAUGUUUUAGACUGCACCGGGUUUUAAAUCAGAAAUGUUGGGGUAAGGUCAUUAACUUCCUGGUGAUAACAUUUAGUCAAUAUACCAUAUCAAUUUUCCAGAGCACAAUGUUAUGAGUGUCUAUGAACUUCUAUUAUGUUACAGUUUCAGAGAAAUAAUUUUGAUUAUAUGCUAUUUUGUUGAAAAACAAUAAACCUGUCCAUU